ACAUAAUUUCAGAUAAUUUUAGGAAACUCCUGCAUCUUUUAAAAAAUUAGAUUAUCGCACUAAACACUGGAAUUUGAGAAUUCUAUUUCCCGCAAACAAAACCCCUGGAAUUCGAAUUCCUGCUCAUUUGGAUUUGGACCCAAACGAACCCACCCAGACACCCCCAUCUCUGUUUCCAGAGAAGAACACAAAACCCCUCAGCUCAGACCCUUCUUCCAAGAAUCAAAGCCUCAGGUCAAUGGAAGGAGAUGAUGGCAGCUCAAGUAGUCCUCCUGAAGAGAAUAUGGAUAUGAGACUUCAAGCAUCAAAUAACUUGGACUUGAAUGUGGAGCAGGACUGCCGCAGCCCAAAAGUUGUCCAUGGUAAUGGAACCCAUUCCAAUCCUUGCGUAAAUGAUGAAGCCAGCAAAGAUGCAGUACUAAAAAUUGGUACAGAGUUUGAAUCAGAUGAACAUGCAUACAAAUUCUACAACAGAUAUGCGAGAUUGGUAGGUUUUAGUGUUCGUAAAGACUGGGUAAAUAGGAGUAAGGUGCAUGGUCAGGUGGUAUCUAGGAAGUUCACGUGCUCUAAAGAGGGAUACCGAAGGAAAGACAAAAGAGAUGUUAAUGUGAAGAAACACCGAAAGGAAACUAGAACUGGUUGCUUGGCACAUAUGAUCAUUACUCGUCAGCCUGAUGGUAAAUACCGGGUUACACAUUUUGAAGCACAACACAAUCAUGACAAUGUAAGCCCAACUAAUGCUCAAACAUUACCAUUGCAAAGAGAAUUAAGCUGUUCUCAAGAUGCUGAAGCUAGCUCAGAAGAUAAUUCGGGGUCGCACUCUAAAUCAGCAUUUGAAUUGAUGAAUAGACGAUUUGAAAUCCAGGAAUCCCUUGAUGAUCUUGCCAUUGAUUAUGACAUUUAUCUUCAGUCUGAAAGGGUAAGAGAUAUGAAGGAGGGAGAGGCAGGGCGUCUAUUGCAUUAUUUUCAAAGGAAGCACUUUGAAAACCCAUCAUUCUUUUACGCUAUACAGCUAGAUAUUGAUGACAAGGUAAGUAACAUGUUUUGGACCAAUGAUAAUAUGGUAGUGGACUAUGACCAUUUCAGCGAUGUGGUCUGUUUGGACACGACUUCCAGAACAAACAAACACUUUCGGCCAUUUGUACAGUUUAUAGGAGUGAACCAUCACAAACAAGUUUUGAUUUUUGCGGCUGCACUUUUAUACGAUGACACUGUAGAAUCUUUUAAGUGGCUAUUUCGAACUUUCAUAGAAGCAAUGUCUGGGAAGAAGCCAAAGGCCAUUCUCACAGAUCAGGAUGCAGCAAUUGUUGAAGCAAUCAAUUCAGUCUUACCAGAAACAAGCCAUCGUAUAUGUGUAUGGCAAACAUAUCAGAAUGCUCUCAAACACCUAAGCCAUGUAGUCAAAGAGACUGAUUCUUUUGCUAAAGAUCUAAAGGGAUGUAUCUUUUACCACAAGGACGAGGAGGAUUUCAUAUGUGCCUGGGAGGCUAUGCUGGAAAAAUAUGGUCUUCAGCAGAAUGAGUGGUUAAGAUGGAUGUUUAGGGAGAGAGAGAAAUGGGCUGUGGUAUAUGGCAGGAAUACUUUUUUCAUUGACAUGAAUGGCUUGCAUCUGGGUGAGUGUUUAUUUAAUGAUUUGAAAAAUUACUUAAAUUCUGACCUUGACAUUCUUCAUUUCUUUAAGUAUUUUGAAAGGGUAGUAGAAGAGCAAUGUUACAAAGAAACUGAAGCUAACAAUGACAUGAACAGAUGUUUGCCAAGACUAAUGGGGAACGUGGUUUUGUUAAAGCAUGCAAGUGAUGUUUACACCCCAAGGGCAUUUGAAGUAUUUCAGCGGGGAUAUGAGAAGUGCUUAAAUGUUGUUGUUAACAAAUGCAAUCAGAAUGGAUCAUUGUUGGAGUACAAGGCUAAAACAUUUGGGCAAGCUCGAGAACACACAGUUAAAUUUGAUUCUUCUGAUAAUACAGUUACUUGCAGUUGUCUGAAGUUUGAGUAUGUUGGGUUUCUAUGUAGCCAUGCACUGAAAGUGCUUGAUCACAGGAAUAUAAAGAUUGUCCCAUCCCGAUAUAUAUUGAAGAGAUGGACAAAAGAUGGAAGGUCUGGAAGUGUGAGAGAUAGUUACGAAUUUACCAUACAAGAUAAUCCCAAGUUGGUUGUUGCAAGCCGUUACAAAAAUUUGUGCCACAAAAUGCUUAAGUUAUCUGCCAGGGCUUCUGAGUCUGAGGAAGCAUUUCAAUUUGCUGCCAGUCAACUUGAUGAAGUGAUGGAAGGGGUGGAGAAAAUCUUGACAUUAAAACCUGAGGAGGCUCAAGCUGUUACCUCAAGUAGCACAGGUGCAAAUGUUUCUGAAAGUGAACAUGCAGAUAUUUUCCUGGAUGGAAAUACAAUUGAUGAUCAGGAUGAGAAUGGAGUAAAAGGAGCAAAAGAAAAGGAGAGGGCUAUCCCUAAUAGAGGUCAACUAUCCAAUGUGAAUGGAAAAGUUUCUCAUACAAAAGGAGUUCAGAAUAUAGAAGCAUCCCCACCGAAUAUUGUAAACUGCAUUUCAAGUUCCCCCAGGGCUUUUAUUUCAUCGCAAGCCACAACACCAAAUCCCAUUAUGCAGGGUAUGUACAAUUUUGAUACAAGCCAAGUGGUUCAAUGCAUGUACCCACAAUCUAAUCUGGUCAUGGAUCAGCAACCCAAUCCUAACAUCUAUCACUCACCAAAUUUCUUUUCUCACCAACAUGAUUCACCUGUCCAAACUCAACUAUUACAGGAACCCCUAAUCCAUAACCCAUACCAAGAAUCUGACUCAAGCACCAGUCAACUGAGGCACGCAAUGGAACUUGAUGUCCAACAUCCACAUUCACCUUCAUUCUUGCUUUACGAUGAUAGAUACAGAGCUUCCAACACAUAUCUUGGGCCUAAGUGAAGAAUAUGGAAAGUUACUAUUCACUUUCAUCCUUUUCUGCUGUGUGCUGUACCGUCCAAAUGCUUGCAUUUUUAAUCUAAACAUUGUAUUUCAGCAUACCACUUAGCCUACUUUAAAUGAUAGAAGGGCAGUCUAACUUCAUAUACCAAAAGAUGAUGUAAAUCCACCAAUGCCAUUUCGCUCCUUUUUCUUCCUUCAUUUCUUCCUUUUGUCAGUUUUAUUUACUUUCUUACUUCCUAUGAAGGUAACUGCUUAAUCAAUACAAAAUUUUAUUCAUUGA